AUGUUAUGCCUCCGCCUCUCCGUUGUCUUGCUUCCGUUUUUUUCAAGCCAUGUGCUUUCGCUCCCAUUUCUUGGUCCAUGCGACGAGGUCGUGGUGACGUCAGUUUCAGGGACAUACACUGGUAUUAUCACUGACAUCGCCCCACACGUCCGCCAAUUUUUAAAAAUGCCCUAUGCGCUGUCACCCACUGAAUCCCGCCGCUGGCUUCCCCCAAUCAAGCCCUCUUCGAACUCCGGCUCCACCUACGAUGCCACCACAUUCCCACCUUCAUGUCCCCAAUAUGUGUCCAGGGUUCCUACGGUACAAUCACAGGAUGUUCCCGAGUUCCAGAUCUUCACGGAUAGCCAAGGCACUACUGCUGGAGCGUCUGCGGCCGAGACAUCGGAAGACUGCCUGUACUUGGCUGUCUGGACCCCGGCUGGCCUCGAGGUUUCCAAUCUACCGGUGAUCAUGUUCAUCACCGGGGGAGGCUUCUUAACGGGCGGGAUAAACAUUCCGUACCAGCUCCCACAUCACUGGGUCGAGCGGACUCAGGCCCAUAUCGUCGUUACUAUCAAUUAUCGUUUGAAUAUCAUGGGCUUCCCUGAUGCCGCGGGGCUUGAAAUACAAAAUAUUGGUCUGCUAGAUCAGCGGAUGGCGCUCGAGUGGGUGCGUGACAACAUCGCAGCAUUUAGAGGGAAUCCGAGCAGAAUCAUGCUCUGGGGCCAGUCCGCAGGUGCAGAUUCGGUCGAUUUCCAAAACUUCGCCUUUCCCAACGACCCCAUCGCCUCGAGCUUCUAUAUGUCCAGCGGGAACGCCUAUCAGCCAAUCGUCGUGUCUGAUUCAGGGCAUAAAAACUUCUCCUUUGUCGCCACUCAUUUCGGCUGUGCAGGACUCGAUUCAUCCCAAGAACUAGAUUGCAUGCGUACCGUGCCUAGCGACGAUUUACAGAACUUUGUCGGCCAAUAUAUGGAUAACUUCACCCUCGUAGAUCCAACUCUGGCUCCUCUACGCUUUAACCCCACUGCAGACGAAGUUCUUGUAUUCUCCAACUACACGGAAAGGUAUGAAAAGGGUCUCGUUGCGGAUCGUCCGGCAAUAGUCUCCACGACAACAAACGAGGGUGUUGUCGCCGUUCCCUACCCUGGGACACCUGGCUCGUCUGCGGUGGGGCAGCCGCCUAAUCAGACCGUUGUGGAUUUUGCGACCCUACUAUACUUCCUCCGUCCAGCACUCAAUCUAACAACGUAUCGCAUUCAGUACGCUGGAAACUUCAGCAACGUGUCACCUCGGCCGUGGCUGGGUGCGUAUCACUUAUCGGACUUGCCGCCUGUCUUUGGGACGCAUGGGGAUUUUCGCGGGAGCAGUACGCCGGAGGAGGUCGCAGUUUCUGAGUCUAUGCAGAAUAAUGUGUUUAUGCAAAUGCAGGAUCCGACUGCCAGGCUAGAAGGAGUUGAGUGGCCAAGCUAUAAGGAGGGCGGUGCAUUAGUGUUUGGGUUGAAUGGAACAAUUGUACAGAGGGUGAGUGUGAGCGAGAUUGACAACGCUUGUGCGGGAUUUGGAAUAUAA